AUGUCGACUACAGUGGAUCAAGUUUUGGCCGCAUACAGCCCUGUACCUCUAGUACUUGACAACGAUACUGCACCCUCUGUGAAGGAAUGGACUCGGCGAUAUGCUCCUUUUGUGAAUGUUGAUAUCUGGGCUCCAACCAGGGCCAAUAUCGAGGAGUUUUUAGGACCCGGUGACAAUGAAUCACGAGCUGAUUUCAUUGGUUUUCAAACUCCCUGCGAAUGGCCGAACAUGUUUCGCCAGUUAGUAGAGACCGAGGGCGAUGUGACGCGAGACUUCGACCAAAGCAUUAUUCCAGCUGUUGCGGUGGCCUUUUGCGGUGCGGAAGCCAGAUCUAGUACCCCCGGUGGUCUCGAAGAUGGUGGACCGUCGCUCUUCGCGCGAUCUCAACUUGCGGCCCCUGGGUCUACGAAGGUUGUUGACUACCAAAUGAUCAUGAACCAUGAGAACCCGUCGCUUGAUAUGCCAGCAAUGAUAGGGGAGAUGAAGAAACCCCGCACGAUCAGGCGAGUGGAAUGGGAGGACAUGGACAGGAGAGGUUUAGUGACUGCUCGUCUUCAAUCAGAGCUCAGGGCGUACGCUAUUUUCAAUCCAUCCCAAGAUGUCGCUGACCAGAUCUAG